UUAUGAAUUGUAAAUUUUAAUAUUGUUAUAUAUAGGAUUUGAGUUCUUUUUUCUAGGAAACAUCGUUCAGUUGUCAUCUGCCUCAUAUUUUGCAAAUGGAGGCACCACGUUUUGCUCGUUCAGUAGAGCGCACUUUCGACCUUCUCUCCCUGCCUCCCGUCUACAUCGAUUUUUUCAAUCGAAUGUUUUCAUACUCCCGAACUGCGGAAUAUGGAGUAUCUAAUCAAAUGCCCAAUUUGUGAAUACUCUUCUAAAAAAUCUGCCAACGUUAUUCGUCAUCUCGAAAGCAAGCACAAAGCGAACUCCACUCAUAUCGAUGAAUUCAGACGACGGUUGGCAUCAAGCAGAGCUCACGAACUUCGUGGAAUCAGAGCCUGGACAUGUGGUUUGUGCGGAACAACUAUUCCAUCAAAGUUGGGACUUGAAAGACACAUCUAUCGACGUCAUCGGAUGGAAUAUGCAACGCGAGAAGGGAAAUCUUUACUUAUGAGGAAAGCCUAUGCAGAACAACCAAUUGAAGAGUCUCUAGUACUACCGCAAGCAACAACAGCUCGUCCGAACAUGCGAAGAACGACUGGAUGUGUUGCGUGCCCAGUAGAAUACUGUCAAUAUUUGUUUCAAACCCGAGCAAAUUUAGCCGAACAUUUCACAGAGCACCAUUACCUUGGGAGCCAGCUGGAAAAGCAUUCAUUUGCAUCAGAGGCAGAAUUCCAGACUUGGCUACAAGAAAAAGACGAACAAACAUGCACAGCGUGGAAGAAACGAUCGAGUCGAGAUAUUGGCGGUCGAAUUGUUAUGUAUCGUUUAUGCAGACACGAGGGAUUAUUCAAGUCAUCCGGAACAACAAGUACUAAUGGAAAACCCUGUCCAGCUUUUUUAAAUGUCCUAACUAACGAACUUACGGGAAAAGUUGACGUGAUUGGAUAUUAUGAGCACUUUGGUCACCACAAAGAUCAUCGUUACCGAUUUUUGAAUGACCAAGAAACUGCCAUUAUUUUCGAACUCGCGGAUGCUGGCUACUCUAACCCCGAAAUUGUCAAAGAAUGCAUGAAGUACGGUGAAACUAGUCGCUUGAGCUUCCUUUCAUGUCAAGAUCUGAGCUAUUUAAUAAAAAGAAGAAAGAAGUUACGCGAAUAUGAAGAAAAUUGGAGAAGUGUCCACCAUGACCAUACUUAUUAAGAUUGUUGUUUUAUUUUUCUGUUAUUUUCGAUUUUUGUUAAUUUCUUUGAUUUGAGAUGAACCGUUAUGUACAGUAGACAUUUUAAUUUUUAGCUUUUAAAAUUUCAUGAACUAUGAAC